AUCGCCAUCAGCAGGAAGUCGAGAACAUGCAGCGUGCCCUUUGCCGAGCCGCCCAGCGCUCCCGCUCGCUCUCGAGCUCCCGGCGCCACGCCUCGACGCUGCUGGUCGCCGAGCACGACGGUACCAAGCUCUCCGAGGGCACGCUCGCCGCCAUCACCGCGUGCGCGCAGAUGAAGCCCAUUACGCUUCUCGUCGGCGGCUCUGCGGAGAUGGCCGCGACGGCGGCCAAGGCGGAUGGCGUGGACGCGGUGCAGUUCGUCGACAACGACGCGCUCAACCACGGCGUGGCGGAGGAGUGGGCCCCGCUGGUGGAGGGAAUCGCAAAGACGGGCUUCACGCACGUCGUCGCGGGCGCCUCCUCCUUCAGCAAGGGGCUCUUCCCGCGGGUGUCGGCGCUGCUUGACGUGGCGCAGGUGUCGGACAUCAUCGGCGUCAAGAGCGAGGACACCUUCGUUCGUCCCAUCUACGCCGGCAACGCCCUCGCCACCGUCAAGUCUGAGGAUGCCAUCAAGGUCGUGACUGUGCGCCCCACGUCCUUCGACAAGGCGGCGGCGGAGGGCGGCUCCGCCGCUGUCUCCGCCGCCGCCGUCGACUUCUCGGCGACCGGCACGACGACGUGGAUCAGCGAGGAGGUUGCCAAGAGCGACCGUCCAGAACUCGCCUCUGCCAAGACGGUGAUCUCUGGCGGCCGCGGCCUCAAGACUGGCGACAACUUUGCGAUGCUCGACAGCCUCGCGCUCAAGCUGAACGCGGCGGUGGGCGCCUCGCGCGCCGCCGUCGACUCCGGCAUGUGUCCGAACGACAUGCAAGUCGGGCAGACGGGCAAGGUUGUCGCGCCCGACUUGUACGUCGCCGUCGGCAUCUCUGGCGCGAUCCAGCACCUCGCCGGCAUGAAGGACUCAAAGACGAUCGUCGCAAUCAACAAGGACCCGGAGGCGCCCAUCUUCCAGGUGGCCGACUACGGCCUGGUCGACGACCUCUUCAAGGCCGUCCCCGAGCUCGAGUCCAAGCUGCCUUAGCCCGUCCCGUCGUCCCCGUGCCGCACCGGGCCGCAGAGCGCACAGACGGCACGCAGGUUUAUAUUACACCCCAAUCCCCCUCCCCCCAGUCGUCUGUCUCUCGAACGUUGCCCCUUUUGGGUCGGGUCUUUGUGUCGUGCGAGUGAGUGAGAGCGGGGCGGCAGAACAACACGCCAGACGAUGCGCGCCACAAGCGCGCGAUGCCGCUCACUCAGUCAGUGAGCGGAGAACAGUGAACACUGAAUGAACAGUGGUGAGUGCCGUAAAUUGUAAAUCUAAAAAUGGCUUUUUCCACAU